AGCGCCGUCGCGGAGAAAGAGCGGGAGAAGGCUAAGGACAGGGAAAGAGGGGGAAGGGGAAGGGGUAGAGAAGCGCGGAUGUCGAUUGACUCAACGUCCUCGUCCGAGGCGUCUAAGAGCGAGAGCGACGAGAGCAACACAAGCUCAGGGCUGCGGAGGAAGCCGAUCCCUGUGGAGAUGUUCAUUCGGCGAUGAUUCUUCAAGAUUCAGUUUCCUCGAUGGGCCCGCCUACCAUCUCCUACCAUGCAUGGCUUUUCCCUUUUAUGUCUCAUCUCAAGCAUGUUCGACCUUCUUUGCACAUCAUUGGUAUUUAUGCACCGUCUGCGCUGGCUAUCCCGUUGGCGGUUUCAACACAGGUCCAUUCUCAGCUUUCAUCUCUUGGGUAUCUCCUUCAUGGCAUUCUUACAUACUAUCACAUCAGUACUCCAUCCUACCCUUCGCAGCUUUAAUCUGUGCUUCGUUUGUCGCAUGCAGUACGCGGCCCCUCCGACCGCGCCCACAUACUUUCCUUAAUUGGGUUUUUUUCGGCAUGUUUAUGCUUAUUUCUGUCUCGUUUUUCCUCCCUUCGCGUUUCCCCUUUCCGCUACGGCCUCUCUUUCAUGCUCUUUCGACGGUCUCACGCUGUGUUUCUAGUAGUCACGUCGCAUCGUAUCGUCUCCUCACAAAGUGUAGCAUAUAUGUCGGUCUCAUCUGGACCGCUCACCCCUCCUUGUUUUAUUAGUCUUUUUCGGCCACGUAUGUGGCUGCAAUGCCAGUCAUGUUUGCCCUUU